AUGGCUACUCUUGCUAUUAAUGGCCUGGAAACGCUUCUCCAGAGUCUCGAGGUGGAGAUACCUGUCCCAACAUUUCCCACCGCGAACAAUGUCGCUAAUCCGGUCGACGUAUAUCGCUGCUAUGUUGCUAAGGUCGUAAAGCAAGGGGUCAAAUGUGACGAGGACACUGCAUAUAAUGCCAUCCAACGAACACAGGUGCUGGCCCACGGCGAUGUGAUGGUGGUGGUUGCGCGCCUUCGUCUCAAAGGAGCCAAUGUAGACCAGGUUGCCCUUGACUUAUCAUCCAAGCUCUGUGGCAUUUCGCUUAUUUCCAACCCUGUACCUAAGGGUGUCUUCAUUCCUAUCUUUUUUAGUGCCACGACUUUACCCCGCCUAAUUUUACCGUACAUCUUCGAUCGACGACAAUUGUAUGGCCACGACAAAAUUGCUGGUCUGAAACAACCUGAGAAUGAGGCUGCUGGCAAGAAGAAAGUAAUCGUGGAGUUUUCUUCGCCCAAUAUCGCCAAGGAGUUCCAUGCCGGGCAUCUCCGUAGUACAAUAAUUGGGGCUUAUAUUGCGAACCUCUACGAGAGUAUGGGCUGGGACGUAGUCAAAAUAAAUUAUCUGGGUGACUGGGGGAAGCAGUUCGGCUUGCUUGCCGUGGGUUGGCAGAAAUUUGGAUCCGAGGAACUGUUCCAAAAGGAACCCUUGAAGCAUUUACUAGACGUUUAUGCAAAGAUCAAUACUUUGUUCAAACCAGAGCAGGAGGCCAGCAAGAACGCUAGGGAUAACGGCCAGGAUACCUCGGAGAUAGAGAACAAAGGACUUUACGCCGAGCGAAACGCCUUUUUCAAGAAAAUGGAGGAUGGAGAUCCAGAUGCACUCAGCUUGUGGAGGCGGUUCCGUGACAUCAGUAUCGAGAGGUACAUCCGUACCUACGCGCGCUUGAACAUUGCUUUCGACGAAUACUCCGGAGAAUCGACCGUUCGGCCGGAAACAAUUGAGAGCGUCGAAAAAAUGCUGAAGGAGAAAGGUAUUUACGAAGAGAAUGAGGGGAAUCGAGGCGGAACGACGACCUAUCUUCUUCGAGACAUCGCUGCUGUGCUAGAGCGGGUGGGCAAGUACAAAUUUGACAAAAUGAUCUAUGUCGUUUCCGCUGAGCAAGACUCGUACUUUCAGCGUGUCUUCAAGACGAUUGAGAUUAUGGGCUACCCUGAUAUUGCGACUAAACUUGUCCAUGUCAAUUUCGGGAAAGUUCAGGGAAUGUCGUCGAGGCUCGGAACGGUGAAGCUGCUGAGCGACAUAUUGGAUGAGUGUGGGAACGCCAUGCACGAAGUUAUGCGGGCCAACGAAGCAAAGUACGCUCAAGUUCCGGACCCAAAAGCAGUGGCAGAUGUCGUUGGUAUCACAGCAGUUAUGGCGCAGGAUAUGAGUGGGAAAAGAAUCAACAAUUACGCUUUUGAUAUUACCAGAAUGACUUCCUUUGAAGGCGAUACAGGACCUUACCUCCAAUAUUCGCAUGCAAGGCUCUGUUCGAUCAUGCGAAAAGCACAGCUAACGGCGGAUCAAGUUGCAAAGGCUGACUUUACCUUGCUCAAGGAACCCCACGCCGUGGAUAUAGUUCGCCUAGUGGCUCAAUAUCCCGAUAUAACCAGUCAUGCAUUCAAGACUUUGGAACCCAUCACUGUUCUCACGUAUCUCUUUCGACUUACCCAUCAAGUGUCUUCUGCGUACGAUGUGAUUAAGGUCCUAGGGAUGAAUGAGGGCCCUGAGGUCAUGUUGGCGAGGUCCGCAUUGUAUGAGGGAGCCCGUCAGGUACUCGAGAACGGCAUGCGACUACUUGGGUUUACCCCGGUAGCGAGAGAAUCCCCAUCUGAAAUGUUAACUCUAGUUUUUGCGCUGGGGCUACAGAUUUUCGUGGCCUAG